AUUCAGGGCACGGAGCGCCACACUUCAAAGCCGCGCCACACACGCACCCACCUCGCGGGGACAAAAAAACAAAAACAAAAUAAAAACACUCAUGGCUUCGGCGAGCGUGGUGGGCCAGCACAGGCUGGACCCGGAGCCGCUCCUCCGGGUCUUCAAACCGGCCGGCGGCAGGAAGAAAAUCGCCCUGCCGCGGAAGUCUUCGUGGGAGAGAAUCAUGUCGAGGAGAUGCGGCGGGGAGUGCGAGUCCGUCGCCCCGCAGGAACACGCCGGGACGUGUCGUGAAGACGCGGCGGGGAGAAGCGCGGCGGGAUGCCGGGGAGCGACGCCACGUAGCCCGGAGCGUGUCCGGCGCUCGCCCGCCAGGAGAGACGGUCACUCGGGAUUCGUCAUCACGGACUGUCCCACUGACCGCAAUCACGGUCACGGCGAGACCUCCCUCCACGGUCCUGGCGUCGACGUGACGAGCACGCUACGCCAACGGGAAUUCCUCCGGAGCAGGAGGGACUUAAGCAGCGGACAACCGAGCGUCUCCACCUCGGCGGCAGCCAAGCGGGACGGCCGCCGUCCUCCCCUGCAGCGGCUCACGCAGGGCAGGACCGGGGUGGUGAGGCUGGCUCGCACGGAGCCUCCCCGCCGAGAGGCGUGGGCCAUCUUCCCACAGGGGUCGGAGCACAAGCCGGGAGAGGGACACCGGUUCGAAGCCAAGGCUGUGACUCAGGACUGGUGCGAUGCAUGCAGCCGCCAGAUCACCGCCCGGGCCCUGCAGUGUCAAAACUGCACCUACACCUGCCAUCUGGAGUGUGAAAGACACAUUCAGCUUGACUGCAACCAGAGGACCAAGGAGGCCAAAGAAACAACUUUUUCCAGAAGCCAACGCUCCACUGCGGAACAGAAAAAAAGCGAGGCCAAGGAGGAAGAAGAUGGAGGAGCGAAGGACCUCCCCGAGGAAGAUGCGCGCACCAGGAUAGAAGAGUACAACUCCCGAGUGUCCGAGAAUGGCAUGACGCUGGCGUCUGACGGCUCCUACACGGGUUUCAUCAAGGUCCACCUCAGGCUCAGUCGGCCGGUCACGGUGCCCGCUGUGGAUGCUGGCAGCCCGGUGGGGGUUUUGGGAGGAGGCCCCGACGGAGCGCCUUUGGAGGGCCAAGACUGCGUUCAGGGCGAGGAGCGGACGUCCUUCUACCUGCCGUGUGACUGCGUCAAGCAGCUGCACAUCAGCUCCACCACCACCACUGGGGAGGUCAUCCAGGGCCUGCUGAAAAAGUUCAUGGUGUUGGACAACCCCCGCAAGUUUGCUUUGUACCGGCAGACGCACCGCGACGCUCAGGAUCUGUUCCAGAAGCUUCCUCUGUGCGAGCGUCCUCUUCUUCUGAGACUCCUGGCAGGGCCCGACCCACAGACGCUCAGCUUCGUCCUCAAGGAGAAUGAGACUGGAGAAGUGGAGUGGCAUGCGUUCUCCGUCCCGGAGCUCCAAAACUUCCUGGUCAUUCUGGACAAGGAGGAGUCUGAGCGCGUGCGAGCGGUGGAGUACAAAUACACCGUGUACAGACGGAAACUGCAGAAUGCUCUGCAACAACAAGAAGAACACCUUGACCCCUGACCUCUGACCUCGUGCCACGUGAGGUCAACGCAGGGAGAGACUAAAACGUGAUCUCAGAGUUUGGAGAUGAAGUCCUCCUUUCUCCGCAUGUCCACACCUUCUCAGGACGCAUAACAACCCUCAGGCGGCCAUCUUGGGUGGGGCGUUUGGAGACUCUGCAAGGGGACAAGGAGCCGCCCUUCUUCUUCUUCUCCUUCUCCCGCCAAGUGUCCGCUCAUAGAACCUUCCAGGCCUCAGGAUGCCGAGCAGAAGGCGGCAACCAGGAACCAGGUUUCUCCUGCCUGAGUAAGGAGGUGUGACACAGGUGCAAGGAAAAGAAAACAAUCCUUUAUUUCCUUGCUAUUUCAUCCCACAUGUCACAUGAGCAAUCUCCGUAAGCGUCACAUGACCAACCUCCGUAAGCGCCACAUGACCAGCGAAGCCCUUCAUAACCUCCUUUUUGAACGCAGAAGGACACCUGAGGGUUUUAAAUGGAAGACAGGUUUUACCACAGUGAUGUGCAAUACCACCGAUUUACUUUCCGAUGUGAUACCAAGUAAAAUUCAGGCUGGUAUCGGCGAUACCGAUACUUUGUGCAAAUAUACCGAACGUGUCUGAAGUUGUGUAUAUUAACAGAUUAUCUAAAAAACAACAGUAAAAUGUAGGAAAAAAGAGCAAAGAAAGUACAAUUUAAUGAGGAAAAAGGUGAUUUGUUUUUUUAGAAUAAUGAGAAUAUACUUUUUUUUAAUUGAAAAAAAUAUAUAAAAAUGCCUCCCCCCUUAAAAUAUGAACACAAUUUAGUUGGUUGAUUAAAACAUUAAAUAAUACUAAUUUAUAAAUUAAUUUGAUAAAUGACAACAAUAAUAAACACCUAAAUGUGUUAAUAUUUUCAAACAGGCAUAAUAAUAUGCAGUUAAACAACUGUAUUAUUAUUUUUCAGUUAUUAUAUGGAAAAAAAACAUAAAAAAUGUAAGAGAAAAGUGCAAAAAAUGUCAAAUGUCAUGAGAAAAAUAUGUUUUUUUUAGACUAACAAUAAUAAUACUUUUUUUUUAUUUUUUUAUUCAAUUAAAAUAUAAAAAUGCCUCCCGCCCCUUAAAAUAUGAACAAUUUAGUUGGUUAAUGAAAAAAUAAAAUAAUACUAAUUUAUUAAUUAAUUUGACAAAUUACAUCAAUUGUGUAAGCGAACAUGAACAUUUUCAAACAGGCAGAAUAAUAUGCAGUUUAACAACUGUAUUAUUAUUAUUUCUAUUCAGUUAUUACAUGGGGAAAAAAACAUCAAAAAUGUAAGACAAAAACUAUGUAAUGAGAAAAGACUGAAAUGUUCUAAUAAUUGUUAAUAAUACACUUAGUCACAUAUCAUAGACAGCUGACAAAAGAUCUGUUUUUAGCAUUUUCUUGAAAUAAAAUAUCAAUAUGGCUGACGCCUACUUUGACUUUUCAGUGGUGGAAAAAGUUUGGACACCCCUGAUAAAGCAUCGAAAUGUAUUUUGAUUUGAGGAACGAUAUUAGCGCACAAAGAUCUGGUAUCAGAAUCAGAAUCAGCUUUAUUGUCAUUACGCAAGGUAACGAGAUUGAGGCCAUUCCAUACAGUGCGAUGUGUGCAUGCUAGAAAAAUAGCAUGCAAUACCACUAUUUUCCUGACUAUAAGCCGCUAUACUUUUCCCCCAAGCUUCGAUCCCUGCGGCUUAUACAACGGUGCAGCUAAUCUGUGGAUUUUUCCAUCGCUAACAGCUAAAUUCUGAAAUGAAUUGAGCAAGGAAAUCAAUCAAAGUACUAAAACGAUCCACUUCAAGAAAGUCUUCAAACUUUUACAAAGUACAAGGAAGAAGAAUCCUGAUAAACAUCUUUUUCAUCUCAUAAAGGAUGAAUAAAGAGAUCGAUGACUUCUGUUUUGUUUAAUCUUCAUUUUACUGCCGUGUUACAGACACCGUUUUGAAACAAUUAAGGUAUGUAAAUACCUUACAUUUACACAAUAUUUCUGUGUAAAUAACGUAUACAUCUGCGGUGUGGCUAAUAUAUGGAAAAUAUAUUUUUUUCUUCUAAAACGUAGUGGGUGUGGCUUAUAGUCUGGAAAAUACACUAGACAAGACCUGGUAACUUUUAAGUGACACUAUCAGAGGUUUAUUAUUGACCCGGAUAUAAGACGAUCCCUCCUUUUAAGGCAGAAUCAGAUGGUUUCAAUGUGGUCUAAAAUCUCAUCAUCAAUAAAGAUUGGUAUCACUAAGUAUUAUUUUGGCAUAUAAAUGAUAAUAGAACUGUUACAAAGGUUCCUAAUUAGUAAUAUUGCGUCAUGUUGUAUUAUUUUGUCAAAAAUGUUAAUAAUUGACAGUAGGAAGGGAUUCAUACGGCCCCAUUCCUGGGUGAAUCUUGUGUGGGUUAAUCAUUUUGCAAUGCAGUCUUCUGAAAAUGAUUGAAAGCUCCACUCUACAUAGCGACUGUGGUCAAAGUUGGAAUUGUCACAAAAUGCAUUUUAACAUAAUCAACAUUCUGCUGCCACCUGGUGACUUAAGCGGAUCAUGCACCCCCUCAAUUUGUCACGUUUCAUGUGUCAGGUAAAUUGCAACGUUCAAGUACAUAGAACAAUUACAAUAGUAGUGAAUAUCAUUUAAGGAUGUUGGUAAGUGAAAGGGUCCCCCAAAUAAGCUAGAAAAAGCUUUUGGCAGGCAACGAAUAGGGGCCAUAAUAAUCUCCUUCCUAGCGUACUUAACCCUGUUAAUAUGAUAUCAAAUACAACAAAAUAUUUUUGAUAAUAAAGAAUACCGACCUAACCACUGACGUAUAGAGCAUAAACUGAUAUUUUACUUGGUAUCAUUACUGUCGAUAUUUGUAUCGAUCUGCCCUCCUUUUGUUUACAUUCAAGAAUUCUAACUUAGCAGUUAGCAUACGUCCUCCUACUGUGUGUAGUGCAUGGUUAGCUAUUCCCGGUCCUCAGGAGAAGAUACUUAGAGGAAACGUUGUUUAUUCGCCGCCGCGGAGGCGCGGAUUACUACUCACUCAGAGGUGGCUCUGCACUGUGGGGGGACGUUAGCUGCUGGCGAGGACGUCAAAAUGCGUUGUCACGAUGGUGUUUAAAGAUUUAUCGCCGGCCAAAUUUGGAAAGUUUAUAUCGUCUGGAUCGCGCGACCCUACAGUAUGGAAGGUGUUCAUAUGCUCCUGGGUGGAUCUCGCGUGAGAGGAAGAGGGGGUGUGGGUUAAUAAUUUUGCAAUGCACUCUGCUGAAAAUGAUGGAAAGCGCCAACUCGACAUGGCAACUGACGCUGUGGUCAAAAAACAAAUUUUAAGAUAUUCAACCCCCCCCCCCCAAUUUGUCACGCUUCAUGUGUCAGGUAAAUUGCGACGAAUGGGGCCCAUAUGAAUCCCUUCCUACUGGAUCUUAGUCUAGUCAACGAUUCGAUUCGGAGGAGUUCAAUUUGACUGUCAGCCUCGCAGUCUGCCAUUGAGCCCCCGCCCCCCUCCAAGGAGCUUCGACUCUGGCAGGACUUUUCGUCUCUCCAGGUCACCGGUUUUUGUGAGUGACAGGAAGAAAAGUGGGGCCGUGUUUGGCACUACGUGGAUGUAUAAUCCUUGGGUGGCCCAUCGUGUUCAGACCUAGGGGAUCUUACAUUGGGGUCCAUGCGUUGUUUUGCAGUGGCGUGGAACCGCGUCGCAUCCUCACGCAAACUACAGAACGUGACGAGGACGCGCCGAUAGUCACGGUCGCGGUUUAGGACUUCACGCUUGGAUCAAGUACUAGAACCAGUACCUCGUCCUCCCUGCUUUUGCUGUGCCGUGGAAAAUCUACUUGAGGUGGUUUGUUGUCGCGACAAAUAUUUUUGUUCUUUUGCCGCCGUUUUGUCUUUUUGCGUGACGGCCCACAGGUUUUUAUUGGAAUGUUGUGAAGGGAGGCUUCUCGGAGCUGAUCCUGCAGGCAGUGCCUUGUGUUUUUCCCUGGGUCCACAGUAGGGACCCCACACCUGCGUGUGCUCGUGCACAGGUGCCUCAGCGUCUGUGUGCAAAGGUUUGCAUGUGUGAAAAUGUUGGACUCGAACAUUUAUUCCCAUUGUCCCUGCGGUCUUUGAACGCUCCGUUUGUCCUUGCAACAACAUGUGUGUGCCAGAGUUAUUUAUGACAACUAGAAGUGUGUCACUUACAUGGAUGCAGAUGUACAGUUAAUAUUCACUUGUACAGAAUAUCUUCUGACUGGAAUAAAUGAAAAAUGUCUCCGA